GAUAAAUUAAUCGCUAAGUAUGGCUAUCCGGCGGAAGUGCAUCAUGUCACCACCGAAGAUGGCUACAUACUGACCAUGCACCGCAUCCGACGACAAGGCGCUCAGCCAUUCUUCUUGCAACACGGACUCGUCGACAGCUCGGCCGGCUAUGUUAUAAUGGGGCCGAAUGUCAGUUUGGCAUAUCUCUUAGCCGAUUACAAAUACGAUGUGUGGCUUGGUAAUGCGCGCGGCAAUCGUUAUUCGCGAAAUCACACCAAACUCGAUCCGGAUGGUGAAAAAUUCUGGGACUUUAGUUGGCAUGAGAUCGGCAUGUACGAUCUACCAGCGAUGAUCGAUUAUGUGCUGAAGACAACGGGUUUCAAGAAAAUUCAAUAUGCAGGACACUCGCAAGGUUGCACAGCAUUUUUUGUAAUGUGCUCUAAGCGGCCGGAGUACAACAAGAAAGUGAUUAUGAUGCAGGCGUUGGCGCCAGCCGUUUAUGCCUCAGAUACGGAAGAGCAUCCAUAUAUUCGAGCAAUUAGUUUAUAUUUUCGGAGUUUGGUUGGCAGUUCGGUCACUGAAAUGUUUAAUGGCGAAUUUCGAUUUCUCUGCCGCAUGACGGAAGAGACGGAGCGACUUUGCAUUGAGGCUGUAUUCGGAAUAGUUGGACGAAAUUGGGGCGAGUUCAAUAGGAAAAUGUUCCCCGUAAUUUUGGGUCACUAUCCUGCAGGUGUGGCUGCUAAGCAAGUGAAACAUUUCAUACAAAUCAUCAAAACGGGCCGUUUCGCACCCUACAGCUACAGCAGCAACAAGAAUUUCGCGCUCUACAAGGAGCAAAUACCACCGCGCUACAAUCUCUCGCUGGUCACAGUGCCCACCUACGUGUAUUAUUCCAGCAACGACUUGCUCUGCCAUCCUGGCGAUGUGGAGGCCAUGUAUAAUGAUCUCGGCAACGGAAUUGGCAAAUACCUGGUGCCAAUGGAGGAGUUCAAUCACAUGGAUUUCCUGUGGGCAAUGAACGUGCGAAAAUUAGUCUAUGCGCGUAUGUUGCGAGUACUGGGGAAGAUCAAAGACAACAAGAAGGGAAAUAGUACGAGUACGACGACGAGCGCAGCGAGUGCGAAUAGUGUGCAGCAAGGUAGGAGGCGGAGAAGAAGGAGGUGA